AAUACAUGUUUUGCCGAGCUUCGCAUUACUGCUUCCCCGGAAGAGGAGUCACGGAUCGCCACUGGACUACAACAAUAUGAAAUGGUGAGCGAAUGCAACCACUUAAUGCUACACGUUAACCAGCAGUCACUUCAACUGAACCUCUAAAAUCCAUCCGGGUAACACUGUGCCUAUUCAUAGACAAGCCGCGUUCAUGUCUAUCCAUACAUUCAUGUUUUUUUCCAGCCACGAUUCCCACAUUGGCGCGGCAACUACAGCCGCCCAAAAAGGCCUCUCCCAGUCGGAAAUCCAAGCUCUUGGCCGCUGGACACCAGAGGCAUUCAAAAGCUACGUCCGGUCGGACCGCUUAAAUAUAGAAGAGAGAUGCCCGUCGGACCCUUAUCUCCCGAAUCAUCUAACUUCAGCUCGCCCUCAUCUCUCUAAUGCCAACCAAACAUCUUCGCUCUAAACUGCCACAGCAGCAACCCUUCAUGCAGGAGCCCGUCCUUCCAGUUGCCUCUGCCACAGUAGACUUUGCUCGUCCAAAAGCCCGCAUCGCAGCAGCAACCGCUCCCUCAGAGGCCAGUGCUUCCAGUUGCCUCUGCCACAAUGGACUUCGUUCGUCCAGAAGCCCAUAUCGCAGCAGCGACCGCCCUGCCGGGCCUGCGCUUCCAGUUGCCUCUGCAGCAGCAGACUUCGCUUGUCCAGAAGCCCGUUCACUCGCACCGGUCAGGGUCACAGAUGGACAACCUGACAUUUAGAUACAGCGUACUCUUAGUGGAAGGACUGAAAGUUACACCUCAGUCAAGCCAGCCUGCCUUUAUCUUUCUUCUGAUUGCUUAUGUGGUUAUAAUGAUAUUAAACAUUGGGAUUGUGAUUCAGAUCUUGGCAGAAAAAAGUUUACAUGAGCCCAUGCACAUUCUGUUCUGCCAUUUACCACUGAAUGAUGUGAUGGGGGCAACUGUUCUUUUACCACGCAUGUUGAAGGAUAUUUUAACAGAUCCCUCCGCGCGUUACAUCACAUACAUGGAGUGUGUUUUUCAAGCUUUUUUUACUCAUUUGUAUGGAACAACAUCUCACACUAUACUCAUGAUCAUGGCCUUUGACAGAUAUGUGGCCAUAUGUAAUCCAUUACGAUAUUCAUCAAUAAUGACUAACAAAAUGAUUGUGAAAUUAUCUGCAGGAGCCUGGGGUGUUGCAUUACUUCUGGUGGGAAUUCUGAUCAGUCUGUCUGUACGUCUGUCUCACUGCAGAUCAGUGGUACAAAAUCACUUCUGUGACAAUGCUUCACUGUUUAAACUGUCCUGUGAAAAUGUGGUGAUCAAUAAUGUGUAUGGAUUAAGCUUUACUGUCGUAUUAUUUACCUUGUCAAUUGGGUGUACAGUAAUGACAUAUCUCAGGAUAGCGAUUGUUUGCAUAAAAAGCAAAAACAAAUCAACAAACAGCAAAGCCAUAAAAACCUGUGGCACUCAUUUGGCGGUGUAUUUAAUCAUGUUGAUAUCUGGAUUAAACAUUAUUGUUCUUCAUCGUUUCCCUGAUUACACUGAAACCCGAAAGUUAUCAAGUGUAUUGUUCCAUGUUAUACCACCAGGCUUGAAUCCUAUAAUAUAUGGUUUACAAGCUAAAGAAAUAAGACAAAGCAUUUUAACAAUUUUUAGGAAUAAAGUCUAUACUAAAUAA